AUGCAGGACUUUCAAGCACAUUUUGGCUAUGAUAACUUGGUUACGGUGGAUCCCAUUGGCAGAAGUGGGGGCUUAGCCCUGUACUAUAAUAAUGAGUUUGAGGUCAAAAUUUCCUACACAAGUAAUAGGAUGAUAGAUGUGGAAGCAGUGGCUCUUGGAAGAAGAGUUUACAUCACUUUUGUUUACGGGGAUCCAGUUCAGGAAUUAAGGGAACAAGUAUGGGAAAGGUUAACCCGGUUUGGGCUUGUGCGCUCUGAACCCUGGUUUGUCAUAGGGGAUCUCAAUGAGAUCACUGGUAAUCAUGAAAAAGAUGGAGGGGCGAUAAGGAGCCCUGAUUCUUUCGUUCCUUUUAAUACUAUGAUUCGGAAUGGCGGACUAUUAGAGUUCCCAGCACGUGGGAAUAAAUUGUCCUGGCAAGGACGGAGGGGUAAGGGAGUGGGUGCAGUGAUGGUUCGAUGUCGUUUGGAUCGGGCUCUGGCCAAUGAGGAAUGGCAUACUCUAUUCCCAUGUUCAUACACGGAAUACCUCCGUAUGGUGGCAUCGGAUCAUCGACCGGUGGUGGCUUAUCUGGAGGACAAAGUAGUAAGGAGGAAAGGACAGUUUAAGUUUGACAAACGUUGGAUCGGACAGGAUGGCUUAUUAGAGGCUAUCACUUCCGGCUGGAAGGAACAAAAUGGAUCCCAACCAGAACCGUUUGUCACAAAGAUUAGUAAUUGUCGACAUGAAAUUGCAAAGUGGAGAAAGGAUAAUCCCCCUUUCGGAAAGGAAAAAAUAAAUGAGCUACAAAAAGCUCUAGAGGAGGUUCAGAUGGAUAAUAACAGGUCACAGGAGGAUAUCCUGGAUGUCUCUAGGAAGUUACAAGAGGCAUAUAAGGAUGAAGAAAACUAUUGGUUUCAAAAGAGUAGGAAUAUGUGGUAUUCAUCUGGGGACCGCAAUACAGAAUUUUAUCAUGCAUUGACAAGGCAGCGGCGGGUGAGAAAUAGAAUUGUUGGACUACAUGAUGUUGAUGGUAACUGGAUAACGGAUGACGAGGGAGUGGAGAAGGUAGCAGUGAAUUACUUUGAUGAGCUGUUCACUACUACCUCUCCAACGGCUUUCGACAAUUUUUUAUCAGAAAUACAACCAUCUAUCUCUACGCAGACGAAUGGGUGGUUAUUAAGACUGGCUACUGAGGAAGAGAUCCGGCAAGCUCUGUUUAUGAUGCAUCCAGGCAAAGCCCCAGGCCCUGAUGGAAUGACUGCAUUAUUCUUUCAACAUUCAUGGCAUAUCAUUAAGACAGAUUUGGUGGAGUUGGUAAAUAAAUUUCUGCUUACGGGGGAACUGGAUACACGGUUAAACAUUACUAAUAUAUGUAUGAUUCCAAAAACAGAGAGGCCGACAAGGAUGACGGAAUUACGGCCCAUAAGCCUAUGUAAUGUUGGGUAUAAAAUUAUUUCUAAGGUAUUAUGCCAACGGCUGAAGAUAUGUUUACCAUCGCUUAUAUCAGAAACUCAAUCAGCCUUUGUGGCAGGACGUCUGAUCUCGGAUAAUAUCCUUAUAGCACAGGAAAUGUUUCAUGGUUUGAGGGCCAAUAAGGCAUGCCAAGGUAAAUUUAUGGCCAUCAAGACAGAUAUGAGUAAGGCGUAUGACAGGCUUGAAUGGGAUUUUAUCCAGGCAAUCUUGCUGAAAAUGGGAUUUGAUACUCAUUGGGUUAAACUUAUGAUGGCCUGUAUCUCAUCGGUUCAAUAUAGAGUUUUACUCAAUGGUCAACCAAGGGGUCUUAUUAUCCCACAAAGGGGCUUAAGACAGGGAGAUCCGUUAUCCCCCUAUUUAUUUAUAUUAUGCACAGAGGCGCUAAUUGCGAAUAUUAAAAAAGCGGAACGGGAGAAUCAGUUGACUGGGAUGAAGGUGGCUCGCGCUUGUCCUUCGAUAUCUCACCUUCUCUUUGCGGACGAUAGCCUCUUUUUCUGCAAAGCACAAGAGGCAGAGUGUCAAACCAUUCUUAGGAUCCUCCAGGAUUAUGCUGCAGUUUCUGGACAAUUGAUUAAUUUCCAAAAAUCGUCCAUUCAGUUUGGACAUAAGAUUGAGGAUUCAAGAAGACAGAUGAUGCGAGAUAUCUUAGGAAUACAGAAUGUUGGUGGUAUGGGUACUUACUUAGGUCUCCCAGAGAAUAUGGGAGGAUCAAAGAUCCAAAUUUUUGGAUUUGUACAGGAUAGAGUAAGCUCUCGGGUUAAUGGAUGGACUUUUCGAUAUUUUACUAAGGGGGGAAAGGAGGUGGUAAUUAAAUCGGUAGUCACUGCGAUGCCAAAUCAUGUGAUGUCGUGUUACCGCUUGCCCAAAGCAAAUACGAAGAAAAUUACUAGUGUUGUGGCUAGAUUUUGGUGGAGCCCUGGGGGAAGCACAAGAGGUAUGCACUGGAAAUCCUGGGAUAAAGUUUGUGCGCCUAAGGACCAGGGUGGUCUGGGUUUUAAGGACAUAAUGGAUUUUAAUACAGCAAUGCUGGGUAAACAGUUAUGGCGACUCAUUGAGAAGCCGAACACGUUGUUUGCCCGCGUGUUUAAGGGUCGGUACUACAGGAAUGCAUCACCCCUGGAUCCGAUUCGUUCCUACUCUCCAUCCUAUGGGUGGAGGAGUAUUAUCUCUGCUAGAUCUCUGGUAAGCAAAGGACUAAUUAAAAGGGUGGGAUCAGGAUCAACCAUAUCCGUAUGGAAUGAUCCAUGGCUCCCAACCACUCGCCCGAGACCAGCAAAUCAAAACCAAUCUUCUCUUUACCCAGACCUUACAGUUGACUCGCUCAUAGAUCCAGACUCACGCUCAUGGAAUUUACAUGCUCUUCACACCUUGGUGGAUCCUGAAGACGUGAAAAUCAUUACAAGUAUACCACUGAGUAGGUCUCAGAUGGCAGAUAGAGAUGGAUGGCACUUUGCGAAAAAUGGACGGUAUACGGUUAAAUCAGGUUAUCAGGUGGAACGGGUAUACCCAGAUCAGCAAUCUCAGGCAGAGACCUACGGACCCACGGUAGAUUCACUCAAGGCCUUCUGCUGGAAACUUCGUUGCCCACCGAAACUCCGACAUUUUCUGUGGCAAAUAUUAUCUGGAUGUCUAUCGGUUAGGAAAAAUUUGCAGGCAAGAGGGAUGCAAGGAGAUAUCUGUUGUGCUCGAUGUGGGGCUCCAGAGGAAUCUAUAAACCAUGUCUUUUUUGAAUGUCCACCGGCAAUUCAGACAUGGGCGCUUUCUAAGAUUCCAUCUAAUCCUGCAAUCUUUCCAACGGAAUCACUCUACGCAAACAUAGAUCAUCUAUUUUGGCGCGUUACUCCAAAGAUGGAUGAUCAUCAAUUUGCGUGGAUACUUUGGUACAUAUGGAAAGCAAGGAAUAGUAAGGUAUUUAGUGAUCUGGAUAUUGAUCCUCGUGAUACUCUUGGGAAGGCCGAGACAGAAUCUGUUCUGUGGGCUGAUGCACAGGUGAUUCCUGAGCAUGAUGCACACCAGAGAGAUAUGGCUCCCAUACCGGUGAGACCGGGCAGGUGGUGCUUCUCUGAUGGCUCAUGGAAGGCAAACGAUAUUUUCUCGGGACAAGGAUGGUAUAGCACCUUACCAGGUUUUGACGGUUUGAUGGGUGCAAGAAACACAAGAGCCAGUCUUUCACCUCUCCAUGCAGAGUUUGAAUCACUAAUCUGGGCAAUGGAAUAUAUCAAGACCCUUAGCACGGGAUUUCAGAGCUCGGAGAUCAUCUAUGUACCAAGAACACAGAACACACAGGCGGACAAACUAGCACGCAGUGCAAGAAUCCAACCGUCGUUCGUCGUUCACAUGGAUGCAGAGCUACCCUCUUGGUUAACAGAGUCUAUAUGA